GGCACGUGCUGGAGCGGUGCAUGAACGAGGUCGAGCAGCGGCUGAACGACAUCGAACAGACCCAGCCUGACGUGGUCACCAACGGUGACGUCGCAGAGGACCGCCUGCUGGAGGUGCAACGAAGCCUGGAUGACGUCAAUGCCCAGGCCAGCCGGCUGGCAGAGAACAACGUGCCGCUCUCCCCGGAGCACGCUGCUCGGCUGGCCGUCCUCAACGGCCGGCUACACUCGGUGGCGUCGACCGUCUCGGCGGCCUACGGCGGGCCACCGGCGCCGCCCGACCUGGGCCGCUCGGUGGAGCCGCCCUGGGAGCGUUCCCAGACCGAGCACGGCGUGCCGUACUACCUGCACCACGGCGAGCGACGCACCCAGUGGGACCACCCGCUCGGC